AUGGAGACUUCUACAAAUAUCACCACAAAUUUGACUAGCAAUUCAAGUUUGGACAACAGUAGUACUUUCAUAUACCCGGCGUCACCUAUAGGGCCAGAGUUUUUCAAGGCAUACAACAUUUACUUGUAUCUGAUGAUAGUAUUUGGCGUGCUGGGUAACUUUAUUGUGCUUGUUGUAUUCAUCCGCCACCCACCUUCAAAUUCUACUGACUGGUUUAUAUUGUUUAUAACAAUCUACGACUUCAUUUCUUCUCUACUCAAUGUACCCGUCUACGCUACGUUCACGAAUGGUUACUGGCGUGUAUAUGGAACGACAAUUUUAUGUAGACUACAUAUGUUUUUGAGUCAGUCGUUAGUUCUCUCUUCGGCUUUUCUGAUCAGCGGACUUGCUUUAGACAGAUACUUGAAAAUUUGCCGACAAUUAACAUCAUUUUCGAAAAGACGUGCUCGAAAUGUUUGUUUACUUAUAAGUAUUGUGACGGCAUUUUUGUCGACACCAUGUUUUGUGAUGUACGAAAAUAGAGCAGGAAGAUGUGUCUCCAUUGUCAUGGAUAAAACUUUAUUUGCCUACUAUCUCAUGGUAUUCUUAAUAUUCAUUUUUGCAACAGCUGUCGUUGUAUUGUCUUAUUUUAAAGUCACAAAAGCAGUUAAAAUCAGUGAGGAGAACGUCUUGAGACAUACUGGACAUAUCGGACAUUCUGGCCAUAACGGACAUACCGUAGACGACAUGACAAACAAAGCACUUGUUUGCUGCCUUCCGUCUUACCGAAAGAAUAGAGUUGCGCCAUCUACUACCGCCACAUUACGUAGCGGAUUAUUUAGAGACACAAUCAUUGCCGCAUCUUCUAUAGAGCCGUCAUGUAACUCUGGUUCAGUGCCAACAGUUAUGGAUAAAGACCGUCUGCAGGUCCCGAAACAGCCGAACAAAUCACCACGAGUAACCUCUACUUCUGGUCAUAUUGUGGAACCUACAUCAAACAACAGUCUUACGCCUUCAACGAUACUAUCAGAACGUAAGAGUAAAGAUGCUAGAUUGAUAAGUCUACGAACAACUAAAAUAUCAUUCUUGCACUUGCGAGCUAAAUGUGUUGAAGCUACACAACCAAAAACAGACAUGACUUCAGAAGACAAAUCCACACACAAAGAAGUGGAACCUGCGCAGAUCAAAGCCGAUUAUGCGGAUGUAAAAAAGUGA